AUGGCCAAACUCCUAGGCAUUGACGCCGUUGACGCGGUGGUCGCGCGCUGUGUGCGCGACGUCGAGGCGAUCGACGUGCACACGCACCUCCUCCCGCCGACACACGGCAACCUCCUCCUUUGGGGUAUCGACGAGCUCCUCACCUACCACUAUCUGGUCGCCGAGCUGUUCAUGGUGAUGCCAUGCGUCUCUGAGGAGGACUCCGUCUCCGUCGGCGACGCAGCUCCCUCGCCGGACGACUUUUACGGCUGGCCAAAGCCGCGGCAGGCGGAGCUCGUCUUUGAGGAGCUAUUUGUGAAGCGGACGCCGCUCAGCGAGGCGUGCCGCGGCGUGGUGACGACGCUCAGCCGACUCGGGCGCGGGGAGCAGCUUCGCGCGGCGGUGCGGCUCCCCUCGCGGCCGCGACUGACCGCGCUGCGCGACUGGUUCGCCGCGCAAGACGCGUCGGACCACCUCGAGCGCGUCUUCCGGCUGUCCAAGCUCAAGUAUGCAGGCGCGGGCGCGGCGGAGCGGAGGCGCGAGCCUGUGAACGGCGCAUCUUCACACACCAGCGUUCCAACAGUCAUGACCAACAUCCCGUUCGCGCCCGAGGAGGCGGAGCACUGGACGGCGUCGCCGCAGCCGCCGCUGACGCCGCGGCUCAAGACGGCGCUGCGGGUCGACCCGAUGCUUGUCGGGGACUGGCGCGGCAUCUGCUCCGUCCUGCGGCGCGCCUCGCCGCCGCACCCACUCUCCAUGGAGGGUUGCGUCGCCUACCUCAAGGAGUGGGUGCGGCGCAUCCGCCCGAUCUACCUCAUGGCGUCGACGCCGGCGGGCUUCACGUACACGCCGACCGCAGCCGGCCCCGCGGCCGCGGAGCUGCUCGAAGGGGCGCUGCUGCGCGUGGCGAUGGAGGAGGGCCUCCCGCUGGCGCUCAAGGUGGGCGCGGUGCGCGGCGCGAACCCGGCGCUGCAGGCUGGCGGCGACGGCGUCGAGGUGUCGCGGCUCGACUGGCUGCGGACUCUCUGCGCGGGGUAUCCGUCGGUCAAGUUCCUGGUGACGGUCCUCUCGGCGGUGAACCAGCACGAGCUGUGCGUGCUCGCGCGCAAGUUCGGGAACCUGCACGUCUAUGGCUGUUGGUGGUUCUGCAACAACCCCUCCAUCAUCGAGACCACCACGCGGAUGCGGCUCGAGAUGCUCGGCACCGCCUUCACCUGCCAACACUCGGACGCGCGGGCGCGAGACAGCAGCUCGCGACCCUCCGGCACUGCGCCCGCUCCCUCACGCCGCCGGCUAUUGCGCGCGCAGGUGCUCGAUCAGCUCGUGUACAAGUGGGCGCACUCGCGCGAGGCGGUGACGCCGGUGCUCGCCGCGCAGUACCGCAAGCUGCUCGAGGCGGGCUGGCCGCUGAGCGAGGCCGACGUCGAGCGCGACGUCGGCCUGCUCUUUGGGGGCGCGUACGAGGAGUUCCUCGCAAAGUAA